AUGAUUAACUACAUCAAGGGGGAUUUAUUUGCGGCCAAGGGCAUUUUGGGCCAUGCGUGCAACUGCCACGGUGUUUGGGGAGGCGGAAUUGCCCUUGUGUUUAAGAAAAAGUACCCGCAUGCCUAUAAGGUUUACCAUGAGUAUUGCAUGAACAAGUCGCCGAGCCAAUUAUUGGGAACAUGUUUGUUAAUUCCUGAGCGGGAUUCGAACGUAAUUGCGUGCUUGUUCACUAGCGACAACAGCAGCCAGCAGGAAAUCGUCCGCUAUACCCGUGAUGCUGUGCGAGAUCUGGUUCGCCAAACGAGCAACCCAAUCAAUAUUCCGCAAAUCAACGCGGGCAUUUUCGCUGUUCCGUGGGAAUUGACCGAGCAGGGGCUCAAAGAGUUCGAAUCGUCUACGAUCAACGUGUACGUGCUGUGA